CAAACGAAGCGAAGUUGCAUUCCGUCGAGCUGUCAAAAAAAUUUGGCGAGGAGUCAGUAACGAAACUGCGCGAGGAUUUGAGUUCUUGGGACACCCGCUACGGUGGCGCCGAGUGGCAGCAGUCUGAGGGCGUCGUGAUGCAGCUCUUGCAACAAGGCUUAUCGCAGUGUGAUAUUCGGGCCAUUAUCCCUGUCGGUGGCUCACGCGUUGAUCGUCUGCGCAAGAUUCGUGAAUUGGGGCCUGAGACGUGGCAUACUCGCAGAUCUCAGGCAGCACCAUGGCACGCGUUUAGUGACGAGGACAUUGAGGCUUUUAAAUUGCAUUGUGCUACUUGGAUUUUAGAAGAUGGCUUUCCAUGUGCUCAUCGGCGUCCACGACAAUAUUUUACUGAGCCCAAUUUGACGUGGGUCGUGGUUCAUGCACACUACGUUGACGAUAUCACACGCAAUGAACCUACAGCUCGAACGCUAAGCUACACUCUAGGUUUACGCAGUAUGUGCACUUCUAUUACCCAGGAGUUCGGCUCACAAGAACUGCAGAAGGCGUUUGAUAUUCGGUGAAAGAUCCCACCAGUGAAGCUGAAAAGAAAAAUAUUUUACAGGAGAAAACCACGCACAUCAAUGAGGCCGUUGCUCAGAAUAGGUUCGUGUCAGCUUUCAUUAAAUCUUACACGGCCUUGCAUGCGCCGGACCAACAACUGCCAGAUGUCAUUAUUCCUGACACCUACGACUCCUGUGAUGGUGACACCAUUGUUGAACCGAUUAGUGAAGAUGAUGGCGAGCACAAUGUGACCCGUGUUCAAAUACAAGCGUAGUAUUUUGGUUUGGGAAUAUCAAAGCCUCAUUAUUGUCAUUCACGUCCGUCAUCGGAUUAUUUUAACCGCAACCUGAUCAUCCAGAAUUUUGUUGUGGUCGAUAUUACAAACAAGCGAAACAACGUCUACUUCUACGACGAAUGCGCCCAGGGUAAGGGAGCCGAUGCCCUUUGCAAUCUAAGACUGCUAUAUCACUUAUCCACCUUACAAAAUGAUGCCCGCAAUGGCGUGCCGCCUGCGGAGACUCGUUUUGACAAUUGCGUAGGACAGAACAAA